AAUAUGGCGGCGCGGGCGUGAGUCACCCUACUGAGGAGCGUCGCCUUGCACCCGCGCUCUUCACUUCGCCCUUGUCGAGCUUACUGUAGUGACCUGCUAUACACUCCGCUUACUGACGCGUGUGCUUCCGGCGUGUUGCUAAACAUCUUGUUGUUUACUCUUGUUUAUGUUGUGGAUGGUGUUGUCUUCACAAACACACAAUGCCUAUGUCAUGUGUUGCUUUUGGAUGCUUCAAUAAAGGAAAACUAGAGGGGAUAACUUAUCACAGUUUCCCAAAAGGCGCAGAACAACGGCAACGAUGGAUCAACGCAGUUAGAAGAAAGGAUUGGGAGCUGAAUCGUCACAGUAGACUCUGCUCUUCACACUUCCGGGAGGCGGAUAUCGACCGAACUUCUCUCUGCAGGGUCCGGAUACGAGAAGGAGCGAUACCAGCGAUUUUUCCAGCUUUCUCUGAGGUAAAAGACCGUAAACCACUUAAAAGAAAAGAAGAGCCAGAAAUGUGUUCAACGAGCUCUUUUGUAUCACCAACAAAAAAAUUUCAAAUUGCUCUUGAAAAAUGCAAGUCAGAUGUCUUGACUUACAAAAAGAAGGUAAAGGGUCUGCAGCAAAAUAGAAGACGAUUGAAAAAAAGGGUAGCAAAUUUAGAAUCCAUACUAGAAUCCCUUAAGGAAAAAUUAAACUUUCAACCAGAAGAUUGUUCCUUCUUAGGAUCAAUUUCUCAGAAUUCGGACUGUUUGAUAAAGCGAGCGGCGGAAAAAAACAGUAAACCCUAAAAUUAAAAAGGUUUAUGAUGAAAGGCUCAAAGCAUUUGCUAUCACACUCAAUUUCUUGUCUCCGAAGGCAUACACACUUACGUACGAAAAAACUGAAAUUGUUUGUUGUGAGUGAGUGGAACGUUUGGUAGGCAACGUUUGGUGUUAUCAAAGUUUGGUUAAAUGUAAAAAUAGGG